AGACGCCGUCGCCACCAAUGCACCACUACCCAAGCCACUACCGGUCCGCCAUUUCCGCCAUUUUUCAUUGAGGAUCAGCGUAGCGGGCGGAGCACGCGAACUUCGUUAGGGAAGGUUGGGUUUGAUAGUGCUAUAUAUACCGUGGGUUGAAGCUUGGUUGUAUUUAGACAAGGUGUAUAAAUCAAGCUCGGAUCCGAUGGAGCAAGCUAGCCGAAGCACACGGUACAGGUAUUAUAAGCAGAGUAUAAGUCAGUAUGCAACAAACAUGCGGGCUGAGCAGGGCGAGGAAGAUGGAAAGAUGGAGUUUCAACCUGUCGCCACCAAUGGUGCAGCAAACAUGGCUACAGCAGAAAUUCAAUCUGUCCCAGCUGACAUGUUGAUGUGUGAGCUUGCUGGAGGAGAUGAGGAAUUGGAUCAGAUUGUUGAUGAUGCCUUUGAUAAUGACCUGGUUUUGAGCGACUGUUCCAUCUCUGAUGGUGAUUCAGAACCUGAUGUCUUUGAAGACUGUCAGGGCAAUGAAGAGUGUGCAGACUCUGAUGGUGACCUUAGUGGCCCUGGACUGAGGCGCAAGAUUGCUACAUGGGCGAUUGAUUAUGGUAUAUCACAUGCAGCCCUGACUGCAUUGCUACUGAUUCUAAGUGCUCACUCCGCUCUAAAUUUACCCAAACAUGUGGCAACCCUGCUGGCAACGCAUCAGCUUGAAAAGCCUCUUGUCAUGGGUGGAGGAGAAUAUCAUUUCUUUGGCCUAUCAAACACGAUAAGAGGUCUGUUGAAAAAGCUACCGAAUCUGCCAACUGUGAGCACGCUUCAACUUCAAGUCAAUAUUGAUGGUUUACCUCUUUUUCGUAGCUCACAAGUGGUGGUGUGGCCUAUUUUAGGAAAGAUAAAAAAUGUUUCCAAAGAUGUGUUCACAAUAGCACUGUUCUGUGGCAAACAAAAACCACCUCUUCAUGCCUACUUGAAAGAUUUUAUCCUGGACUGCAAGACUCUAUGUGAACACGGACUCGCAUAUGGUCAAAAAACUUUUACAGUUGUACUAGACAGUGUAAUGUGUGAUGCACCAGCAAGGGCAUUUCUGAAGUGUAUUAAAGGACACUCCGGUUAUUAUUCUUGUGAACGAUGUGAGACGAGAGGAUUGUACGUUUCUGGACGCCUGACAUUCCCUGAAGUGAAUGCAGCCAGAAGAACUCAUCAAUCAUUUGAGUCUAUGAAUAAUGAGCCUCAUCAUCAUGAGCCCUCUCCACUUCUGGCAUUGCCGUUGGACAUGGUCCGAAAUAUACCUCUGGACUACAUGCAUCUGUGCUGCUUAGGUGUGAUGAAACUUAUGAUACGACUUUGGCUAUGUGGCCCUUUAGUAGCACGCUUUCCAGCUCGUACUGUAGAACUUAUAUCUGAUAGACUGUGUGCCCUUCGUUCGCAAAUUCCUGUCGAGUUUGCCCGUAAACCUCGCAGUCUCUAUGAGUUUCGAAUUUGGAAAGCUACAGAGCUCCGACAGUUUAUGCUGUACACAGGCAUCAUUGUUCUCAGGGGAGCCGUCCCCGGGGAAAUGUAUGACCUAUUCUUGCUGUACUCUAGUGCAAUGACUAUAUUGUUAUCGGACAAGUUGGCUAAGGAACAUGCUAGUUAUGCUGGAGAGCUUCUUGUGACAUUUGUGAAAAAUUUCGGCAUAUUGUUCGGGAACGCAUAUGUUGGUUACAAUGUACACGGCCUUGUGCAUUUAGCAGAUGACGCUGUUACUUAUGGAGGUUUGGAUUCUGUUUCUUGCUUUCCAUAUGAAAGCUACUUGUACCAACUCAAACGAGCUGUGCGUCGCCCGAAUUCCCCCGCCAUCCAGCUAAUGAAGCGUAUAGCUGAAAGGGAUGUGUAUGGCAGUAGGCAUGUCCUGAAAAAAGCACACAGGUUGACAAAGGCACACGCGGAUGGUCCAGUUCCACACGGCACUGCUCGUGUCCAGAAUCAGUACCAUAAGCUUGUAGGCAAUCUGACACUGUCGACAUCUGUGGGUGAUAACUGUGUUCUGGUCAAUGGUAAUUGUGUAGCACUUAUCCGAAACAUACUGAAAACUACUGACGAUACUGUGCUCGUCAUACAGCGUUUCCGAUCGCACGAACCAUUCUACACUUACCCUUUUGAUUCAUCAAAGUUGGGUAUUUACAAAGUGCACACCCUCUCGCAGUGUUGUGAAACAGUAUCGAUUGACACAAUGAAUGUAGUUCAGAAAUGCGUUCUAGCCAACGGUAGUCUCGAUGCCACGUAUCAUGUGUGUGUACCAGUCAUCCAUGACCAUUUUGAUUAUACUGCCUCAACUUAGCACUGUGUGUGAUCAUGGUAUGUGCUGUGAGUAUCUGAUGGUGUAUGUCCUUGAUGGAACACGCUGACCUAUAAGAGUUCCUGCAGUGCCAUUGAGUGACACUGUAAAAUGUUAUGUUCCAAUCCCUUCGUUUAGGUGUAACAUGUUUCGGGUCGUCGCGUUUUCCGACGCGCCCGAAGUAGCCGUCGUUAGUAAGAAAUGGUGGUCAGGUGAAGAAGAUGAGGCGACUCGAAAACCGCGAGGCUUCGUAUUCUGGCCCCCUUGCAAGACGAGUGGGGCCGUCGACCGCCUCCUGAAGGCUCACGCGGAGCCUGUCAGAACGGGGACCGGGCAGUGGACCAGGCACCCGGCAACUUCACUGUUCGCUACAGAUGAUUUACUUCUGGCAAGAAGGAAGGCGCAGAAGGCCGAAGAGGAGAGCGAUCUCACCAGCGAGGCUGAAGCUGUCGAAGCAACUACCCGUAUAAGGAGGAGGAAUCCACGUUUUGAUGACGAUUCAGAUGAAGAAACCGGAACCCGUGCUCGAAGGGAGCCAACUGGACUUUCUCGUCCACCACCCGCUCCACGAACCUUUGGCUUAGACGGUUCUGGGGGGCAAGGCACUUCCCUGAGUAGGCCUGCGAAUUCAUCACCAAGUGUCCAGACCGCCAGCGUUCCAGCGAGUACGCCAACGAGUGCUCCCAGACAGCCGUCAGAUGCUCGUCAAACUGUCAUUCUGGGGAAGAUAUUGAAGACGGUCGAAGGCAUACUAAACGUCGUCAAACAGAACGGAGCCAACAUCGAAGCGCUGCGGGCGGAGAUCUCCAAUUCCCAGACAAGACCCCGGAGGAUGGCGCCACUCCAAACCCUUGCGGAGCUGGAUGAGCUGGACAAGCAGCUGCACUCGCAGAGGGCCUUCUUUAACGAGGUGGUGGAGCAACUCAGCGCGUGUUGCACCAUGGCCCGAUCGGACCUGGAGCGGAACGUCCGUUCUGUAAUGCGCGGCACUGUGUCGGCCGAUCUGUCCGAGCACCUUUCCCUGAAAGGGAAGAAUGGGAAGAGGGCUAUAGCGGAAACCGUCCUCUUCGACGUUAUCUGCGAGACACUGAGACGCUGCGGUGGCGCCAACCGAGACGCCGUCGGGAGGUGCGUGGGCCUCUGGCUCUCCGGCAGCCGGGAUCGGAACGGCAAACGUCUCCGAAGGCUCUCAAAAACCAAGGAGGCAGCUGGCCCGUCAGUGGCAGGCCAGGCCCCGACCGACCGACCUCCACUGCAGCCGGUGGAGAACCUCGAGACGCUGGAGGUCCGGCAGCCUGACUUCGAAACCCGCCAGGCUGAAGCCGAAGAGGCUGAAGCCGAAGAGGCUGAAGCCGAAGAGGCUGAACUCCCCAUGGAGCAAUGGUAGAUGGAGGAUACCAGCGCGGCGGUGUAUAUACGUAUAGUCAAGUGUUGAGCAAUACAUUACAAUGUCAGAA